CGCUCGUGCCGGUCUUGACAGGUGAGUCGUCCAGGUGAGCUCCUGCCGACAGACAUGGGGAUGGUUUACUCUGAGCCGGCGUGUCAGUCGGCAUAUGACGGCGACCUCCAUCGUCUUCACCACCUGCUGAGGGACGACCCCGGCAACCUGAACGUGCAGGACCUGGACAGCGGAGACACGCCCCUCAUCGCCGCCUGUCGCCAAGGCAACCAGAGGGUGGUGCAGUACCUGCUGGAGUACGGGGCCGACGUCACUUUAACCAACAAGAAGCAGAGGUCCUGUCUCCACUAUGCGUCCAGGAGAACGUUCUCCCUGCUGGAUUACCUGAUGAUCGCCAUCCUGAUGCCCAUCCUGCUGCUGGGCUUCUUCAUACUGCAGGAGAAGCAGAGGAAGAACGUGGCUCUGCUGCAGACGCUGCUCAGCUCUGAGGUGGAGAUCAACGCUGUCGACUAUAAGGGGAACACAGCUCUUCAUUACGUGUGUGAGAGGAAAAGCCAUUUCCUGGUUCCUCUGCUGCUGGAGAGAAAUGCCGACGCCACGAUAAAGAAUAAGGAGGGCGAGACGGCGCUGGACAUCGCCACCAGGCUCAAGUUCAAGAAGAUCAUCGUCAUGUUGAAGAAGACGCACUGAGGACGAGGCACACACAGCGCACAGGCAUCAGCUGUGCACUGUCAUGUCCACGCAAACAUUAAAGGACAAUUCCAGCUUUUGUUUUUGCUCAUUUUUUAAAGUGUUUUCCAUCCCUUUCGCGUCAAUUCUUUUAGUUUCUAAGAGCACAGGUAAAGAUUUUUUUUUCAGCUUUUCCUAGCCUCUCAGGCUCCGUCUCUCCCACUCAGGUCCAAACUGAAAACUCCCAGAGACUACACAU